GCCAAGAGUGGUGUGCUGGUUUUGCUGCCUUCCCAAUAUAUCUAUUUUUCUAUAUAAUUUUACACGGAAAGCUCUUAGCCUGGUUUAAUUUAGAAGGCUAUAGAAAGCCACUAUUAACACGUGUCAUCUCCACAAUUGUUGUAUUUAACUGAUAGUAUAAAUCUCAACAUCGACCUGGAUAAUUCCUCACUUUUCCACUGCAACGCUACCGAUUGCUCGAAAGCCUUCUUAUACCCACUCUAGCUCAUGAUGUGUGCUCAACCCGAGAAGACUGUCUCCGAACAGCCCAAGGCUACACAGAAGGCCAACGAUAAGAUCACGGACAACAAAACUGCCAACAAGGUCAACAGUGCUCUUUCAGGAGGUCUGGAGACAAACCUGUUCGGCUGUCUAGAAGACAUUAUUGGAUGUGUGCUAGCCUGUUGUGUGCCCUGCGUAGUUGAUGCCACCACCCAGGCCAAGGUGGACGAGCGCGAGUGCUCCAUCUUCGAUGUUGUCUGCUGUCCCUCAGGCUACAGCACGCGCCAGUCCAUGCGUGCCAAAUAUGGCAUGGAAUACAACGAGCUGACCGAUUGUCUGUCUGCGUGUGUGUGCAGACCUUGCUUUGUGUCUCAAAACGCUCGUGAGAUUGCUGUACGCCAAGCGAACGGUGCCAAGUACAUUUGUACCCCCAAAGAGAUGUAAAAGGUAUACAAACAGGAUUGUACAUUGUACACAGAUACAAGGAGGGGGGUAUGAUGCCGCUACAUUGGUUCUAGCGUAGUACGUAAGCUACUUUAGCUCUAAAUCAACACCACUCUACACACAAACUGGAAAAUAAACUUAGAUCACCACAAUGGUGUGAUGCUUCAAGUGAGCGACUAAUUCAGAUUUUCCAGUGAGGCCAUAAAAAACACGGAGAGUGGCAUUGACAUACACUGCUUUUAAAAAU